GCACCGCGCCCCGGCGCCCCGCUCUCGAACACCGUAAGUAAACAGUCUGGUGUUUAUCCGCGUCUCGCUCGCACCGACCGCGUCGCGUCGCGCCUCUGAGGUGCACUCACUGUUCCUAUUAUUUUCGUGACGGGUAUUGCGCCGAAGCCGAUUCCCGCAUCCUCACCCCGAGACGCGAGGUCCGGUCUCGCGGUAGAGGCGACGGCGACGGCCGUUCGCAUCACGAGCCAGUCCACGCCCGGGGCCGAUUGUCGUAUAGGUUCGCGCCUAAUGAAACUUACGUUUCGUUACCUCGUCUUCAUCGGUCCAUAUUAUAUAUCGAAAUCGGUAAUAUAGCGCAAAGCGCUUCUCGUAACAGUAGACGAAACUAAAAGUGUGCGACGAUAGUCGGUGUCAGUGUUUGGAUUGUGUGCUGAUGAUAAACGUGAAUGUGAAUGGGGUACGGAGCGGAGUUGGAAGAUGCAUUUCAAGGAGUCGUUUGCGAUGAGCGAUCGUCCGAACGAGCGCGGCCGGCGCAACUCCCGCUGCAAGGGCGCUGGCGUCAAGAUGGAGCAUUUCCAGGCGGCGCUGGACCCUCGCAAGCAGGAGUUGCUGGAAGCUCGCUUUCUGGGCGCCAAGGUGAGCGCAGGGGCGAUACUAGUAGAAACCCAGCGAGUCACCGAGUUCAGGACGAUGUCAGCUGGGUCACAAAUUCAGAUGGCACCACAAACUACUGUCAACACGGGGCAGCCACUACAUAAUCAGGACUCCAAUAUGAGCACAGGGUCUUCGCAUAGUGACAAAGAAGUGGAUGCCUUGACUCCUGAAAAAUCUGCAGCUAUGCGAGGUUCAAAUGCAGUCCCCGGCAGUGCUCUUGUGCCACCGAGUGGUGCCACACCUACUAUAGCAAUGCCAGAAAGAAAGAGGAAACGAAAAGGGGAAGAAGGUGUAGGCGGUGGUGGAGGAGGUGGUGGUAAACAGAGGCACAAUUCAUCAGAUAAAAAUAUUCGGGAAUAUUUUUCUAAGCACCCCUCAUCCAGUCCUGUUCGGCAUGCUGGAGCUAAGUCACCUUCACCUCAGGGCGCUAACUAUCCUAUGUACCCACCGUCACCUUCAUCAUUACUACCUUCGGGAGCUGACUUUUUACGUUCCGCCUCACAACAGCGACCUCACUCUUCUGUAAAACAGAUUCAAACAGAACUGACAUGUCAGAGGAUACAAGAGUUAGAAACUCAAGCUUCAUCUGACUUAGAAGUAAGAAACAAUAGAAUAGAAGAAUUAACAAGAAGUAAUGAAGAGUUAAAACAUCAAGUUCAAGCGCAGAGCAAGGUUAUAGAUCAGCAUAAGUCACAUAUAAACAAAUGUAUAGAAGUGGUAAAGAAAUUGUUAAAUGAGAAAAGUACUAUUGAAAAAAAGGAAGCUCGACAGAGAUGUAUGCAAAAUAGAUUAAGGCUUGGACAGUUUGUUACACAGCGUGUCGGUGCUACUUUUCAAGAAAACUGGACUGAUGGAUAUGCAUUUCAAGAACUUACAAGGCGGCAGGAAGAAAUAACAGCGGAAAAAGAGGAAAUUGAUAGGCAGAAAAAGUUAUUGUCAAAGAAGCGGCCGUCGAAUAACGAGGGUGGUGGCGGACGAGGCAAGCGUACGUCCAGCGUAUCUGCGCCUGCCACGCCGCAGCCGCAACCGCUGCACAACGGCACGGACGCACCCACCUUCCUCAAACCCGACCCGCUGCCCAGUAUGACGUGGCAAGAGUACUAUGAGGCUGAUGAGAUAUUAAAGUUAAGGCAAAGUGCCUUAAAAAAAGAAGAUACAGAUUUGCAGCUAGAAAUGGAAAAAUUAGAAAGGGAAAGAAAUCUACACAUUAGAGAAUUAAAGCGGAUACAUAAUGAAGACCAAAGCCGUUUUUCACAGCAUCCUGUGCUCUCUGAUAGAUAUUUGCUGCUAAUGCUAUUGGGCAAAGGUGGAUUUAGUGAAGUUCAUAAAGCAUUUGACCUCCGGGAGCAACGUUACACUGCUUGCAAGGUUCAUCAGCUUAACAAAGACUGGAAAGAGGACAAAAAGGCCAACUACAUCAAACAUGCACUUCGGGAGUACAAUAUACAUAAGGCACUAGACCACCCUCGGAUUGUUAAACUUUAUGAUGUGUUUGAAAUAGAUGGAAACUCGUUUUGUACAGUUCUCGAAUACUGCAAUGGACAUGAUCUCGAUUUCUAUCUCAAGCAGCAUAAGACAAUACCAGAGCGCGAGGCGAGGUCUAUUGUGAUGCAAGUAGUGUCAGCUCUUAAGUACCUGAACGAGAUUAAGCCGCCCGUAAUACAUUAUGACCUAAAGCCUGGUAAUAUUUUGCUAACGGAAGGUAAUGUUUGCGGCGAGAUCAAAAUCACAGAUUUUGGUCUUUCCAAGGUCAUGGAUGAGGAGAACUAUAAUCCUGACCAUGGCAUGGAUCUCACCAGCCAAGGUGCAGGCACUUAUUGGUAUUUGCCACCAGAGUGUUUUGUAGUUGGCAAAAACCCACCAAAGAUCAGUAGUAAGGUGGAUGUUUGGAGUGUAGGUGUUAUCUUCUAUCAGUGUCUGUAUGGCAAAAAGCCCUUUGGACACAACCAGAGCCAGGCUACAAUUCUAGAAGAAAACACAAUUUUAAAGGCAACUGAAGUUCAGUUUGCCAACAAACCUACAGUCAGUAAUGAGGCUAAGAGCUUCAUCCGCGCGUGCUUGGCGUAUCGCAAGGAGGAGCGAAUCGACGUGUUCGGGCUGGCGCGGCACGAGUACCUGCAGCCGCCCAUGCCCAAGCCGCGCCCGCCGCGCCCCUGACGCCGAGGCGCGCUCGCCCCGACCGGCCCGCGUAUUCGCCGCGUGUUCCCCCGUCGCGCGACGUACGCGCGACUGAAAUGACUAUAUCAUUUACGGAUUAAAUUGUUUAAGAUUAUGCUUACUGUUGACUGUAUUUAUUGAGCAGGUGAUAAAAUGUGAUUCUCCAUUUAUGAAUGGUUUUAUCCUUUUGUCACUAGAGAAGAAUCCUUGGGACUAUCCCUAGCAUAUUAUAUAAGUUAUCCCUAUUAAAAAAGUUAAAAAUAUGA